GCGGAAAUCCAAACAGGGACGCCAGUUUGAGUACGUAUGUUUACUUUAUGUCCUACUUCUUUUGUUAAAGAACUAGCCGACAUUGAGAAUUAGUAAACUAUGCUAAAUACGCCGGGCGAUAGUGGCUUAAAAGUACCUUCUGCGAAUGAAAAUGAAUAUUGUCAUUUUUGUUUCUCGUCUGAAAAUCUGUUGCUCUUGUUUCCAUUCGAGCAAUACAUUCGUCCCGAUAUGACGAGCUUCAUCGAUACUUUCAUCGGCGUUCAACUUUCAUCCGAAAAUGAUACUAACUUCACGCUGUGUAGGAGCUGCAUCGAUGCGAUAGCAUUCUGUAUCGCGUUUCGAGAGUGCUGCCGGAAACACCAUGAAGCAGUGCGAGAAUCGAGACAUUUCCAUCGAGUGAUGGAACAUUUGCACUCCUUUUUACAAGAAUCAGUGUUAGAAGAUGUUUCUACAGCAGUCGCAUUAGAAACAACGACUAUAAACCAUCAAGCACCUAUCAUUACUUCAGAAGAUGCCACUUUUGAACAAUGCGUUCCAUCACCCGUCACUGCAGACAUACCUUCCACACCAACAGUUGAAUGCCCCAGACAAAAACGUCGCCAACCAGAAUCAUCAGGCAUCGGUUCUCAUGUUCAACAAUCCAAGAAGAUGAAACACACCGAAGAACGCCUUCAAGGAAAAGGAAAUCAUAUCCGAGUCCUCAUGCGAAGGGCGAGUGUUAAGAGUAGGCCAGAAGCAAACACUGAGACAUCGCCCGCUGCAUGCGUGGAUGUAGCUGAAAAUCUUGGAUCGGAAGUAAAUGUUGAAACAUCCCCCGAAGCAUGCUUGCCAGCAGUACCUGCAGCUGAAAAUCUUGGAUCGGAAGUAAACGUCGAAACAUACCCCGAAGCAUGCUUGCCAGCAGCACCUGCAGCUGUAAUUCUUAGGUCGGAAGUAAACGGCGAAAUAUCCCCGGAGGCAUGCUUGCAGACAGCAACUGCAGCUGUUAAUCUUAGAUCGGAAGUGACCGUCGAAACAUCCCCCGAAACAUGCUUGCAGACAGGAAAUGCAGCUGUUAAUCUUGGAUCGGAAGUGAACGCCGAAACAUCCCCCGAAGCAUGCUUGCAGACAGUAACUGCCGCUGUUAAAAUUAGUUCGGAAGUAAACCCCGAUACAUCGGCUGAGCCAUGCUUGAAGACAGCAAAUCCUCUCCUAAAUAGUACAACGGACACACGUCCUGAACUCGGCGAAGUUAAUUCUGAGCUCAGUAACAAACCAGCAGUUUGCAAACCUUGUUUCGUAGCGGUAAAAAAACUGGAUGUUAGUUUGUUAACGCUAUAGAAACAGUUAUUUUUUGGCAUGAUAUCUACAAACGAGCCGGCACGUGGAGGGCGCUUGGCCUUGUAUUUAUAGCCUAGAUUGGCUCCUAUGGAAGAUAAUUCGGAUAGAACGUAUAGCAAUUCUCGAUU